AUGGUGGAUCAACAGAGGAAGGCCACCUUACCACGCUUAUGGAUUGCAAUUAAAAUGAUGAAGGAGCAAGUGGAGGCAACUUACAGAAAGAACUCUAAUUGUAUAACUUUGUUGUGUUUAACAUAUCAUCUAAACCCCAAGUACCACUACAAGCAUCAAAUAGAGAUACAGAUAGAUUUGAUAAAUGCAGUUCAUCGAGUGGUGGAAAGGCUUGAGGCAGAUGCAGAUGCCCAGGUCAUCAUCAAUUCUGAGAUGAAAUUUUUUUGGGAUGCCACUGGGAGUUUCGGCCGAACAGUGGCAAUAUCAGCUCGGGAAACUACUUAUGUUGUUGAAUGGUGGUUGCAAUAUAGCACUGAUUCCUCCAAUCUAGCGAAGAUAGCACGCAAAGUGCUAUCUCAAACAAGUUCUACCACUGGAUGCAAGCGUAAUUGGAGUACAUUCAACCUCAUACAUUCCAAGAGGCGGAAUAGAUUGGGUACAAAGAGGUUAGAGGACUUGGUUUAUGUGUAUUACAAGAUGAGAUUACGAGAAGAGCACAUGCGAUUGGACAGGGAACAUAAUACAAGCUCAAUUGAGUUGGCAGAAAUAUUCCAAGUCGAUGACAAUGAUGAGAAUCCCCUUUAUGAGUGGGUCAAGGAUCGAGGUUCUCCUUUAUUAGAUGAGGAUGAGGGUCGGCCCAACAACCAUAUUGCUUCAGAGACAGGUGGUGAUGUUGAUGACUAUAUGACAACAGAGGGCAAAGUUCAUUCACAGACCCAACGUCCGUUCAACCCACACCCUAGUAGUAUUGGAGCUGAUGAUGAUGAUUGGUCAAAUUCCUCUGAUGGUGGUGGUGGUGGUGAUGCUAAAAACUCCAACCAACCAAGAAAUCACAGAUGGAUUUUUUUAUACUGA